AUGGCCCAGGCGGCCCCAAUUCAGGACGUCGUGUCGUCGACGACCGAUUGCAUACCGCAGGAGCCUUCCUUGCCCUCCAUCGCUCCUUCUCUCACAUACUCGGACGAGUCCGACGACCAAGAUGAAUUGGUCCAGGCCCCAGAAGAGCGCACGCGCCAGCGCCGGGCAUCCACACGGCUCAUUGCCCAGAGCGCACGCGACAUUCAACGCAUCACCGGCGAGACGACGGCCGAGUUUGUGCAGAGGUGCUGCGGCGGUGGUUGCUGCCUGACUGGCGGCCGAGCCGUUGGUCUCGACUACGAGGAUGUGCCCUUGCCCGACAACGAGGCCUUCCGCUCCUUGCAGCUCAAGAUCAACCAGGUCCCCACAAAGAUGACAAAGGUGACAGAGCUGCCGGGGAAGAUUGUCUCUUUCAGCCCCAUCCGUAAGGAUCCCGCGGCGUCACCAGACUCAGCCAUCUCCCUGGGCGAGCAGCCCACCGAGUCUGUCGACACAUCCGUCGAACCUCCUCGCUUCGUGCAACCGCAUCCUCCGCACCACGUGGUCCCGGUCAAGAUUCACAACGCACGCGAGCUGACGCGCGCCGGCGCCGAGAAGCGCACAUAUCACUUUGAUCUCGACAUUACCGACUACCCGGACGAGGACGGCACAGACUUCAAGGUCGGGGGUGCCAUUGGCGUCUCGGCACCCAACGACGACGCGAUCGUCGAAGAGGUCCUCGACGCCCUCAUGGUGCCCAAGUUCCAGCGCGACAAGCCCGUGCUCAUCAAGACCACCAAGGGCCGCUGGCCCACGGUCUGGGGCGACGACCGGGCCCGCGAGCUGGUGACCACCCGUCGCGACCUCCUCACCUGGUGUGUCGACCUGCAGUCCUAUCCACCUACCAAGCCCAUUCUGCGUCUCCUCGCCGAGCACGCGUCGGCCGACAAUGAGAAGAAGAUCCUCACCUACCUCUGCUCGGCGCAAGGACAGGGUGCCUUCUGCGACCUCCGCACCGGUCCUCACAUUACCGUCUCGCAGCUCCUGCACGCCUUCCCCAGCUCGCACCCCCCUCUGGGCGACUUCUUGUCCGUCCUCCAGCCUCUCAUGCCUCGCUUCUACUCGCUCUCCAACGACCCCCACGAUGCCUACCAGACACGCGACAACAGGCAGCACCGCCUCGUCGAGAUUGCCGUGACGGUCCAUGAGACGACAGACUGGCAGCACGGCAGCCGGACGGGUGUUGGGUCUGGCUUCUUUGAGCGCCAGGCCCAAAAGUGGCUCAAGGCACGCGCGGCCGGCGUCAAGGAACCCGAGGUCUACAUCCCCAUGUUCAAGGGCCUCAUGGCGAACCCGCUGGCCAAGCAGUUCAACGCGGACGGACCGAUGCUGCUCAUCGGCGCGGGCGUGGGCAUCGCGCCCUUCCGCGGGUUCGUGCAGCGACGCCUCAAGCAGGCCAACUGCGCCAACAAGGUCUGGGUGCUGCAGGGGAUCCGCGACUCGCUCGUGGACGAGAUCUACAGCGGCGAGUGGGGCGUGCACGAGGACGAGGUGAAGCGCGUCGUCCAGUCCCGUCGUGGUGAGGGGCGGUACGUGCAAGAAGAAGUGCUGAACCAGGCCGACCUGGUCUGGUACAUUGUCAACGCCGUGGAUGGCCGCGUCUUUGUCUGCGGCUCCAGCAAGGGCAUGGGUGAGGGGGUCGAGGAUGCCCUCGUUGACGUGGCCAUGCGCAAGGGUAACCUCGAGCGCGAGGAGGCGCGCAACUUUUGGGCGCUGAAGAAGGAGGCUGGGCAGUACAUUGCUGAGACCUGGUAA